GAGUUUUUGAGUUUUGUCGGCACACAAGAAAGAAUGGGGGAAGAAGAAGAAGAAGAAGAAGAAGAGAGCUCGAAUUCUAUGUGCAUACUUCCCGAGCUACUUGAAGAGAUAUUCAUUAGACUACCAUUGAAAUCGAUUCUCAGAUUCAGAACCGUAUCAAAACAUUGUAGAUCACUCCUCGAGUCGAGGAGGUUCUCGGAGAAACGUAUGAGUCUUCAAAAGAAUCGGAGAAUCCUCGCUGCUUACAAUUGCGACUGCGGCGACCGUCCGCGUCUCCUCACCGAGUCACGGUUCGAAGGAGACGAAGAGAUCGUAUAUCUUCACUGCCUCGCCUCACGACCCUCGUUGAGCUGCGACGGUUUGCUCUGCUUCCCCGAACAAGACUGGAUCAUUGUUUUGAAUCCAUCCACGAGACAGCUCCGCAGAUUCCCUUCCGGCUUGAACCAUAAGUGCAGAUUUGGAUUCGGAUUAUGGUCGAGCUUCUCGCCUGGAAACUGGGCGAUUGGGUUUGGUAGAGACAAGGUUACGGGAAGCUUUAAAGUAGUGAGGCUGUGUUUUUCUUUUCGGGUAAUUGGGCAAGAGGAACCUGUGUUGGAAUGUGGUGUUCUCGAUGUUCAAACUGGUGUAUGGAGUAAACUGAGUCCACCUCCUCAUGUAGUUAAUCCCGGAAGCAAAUCUGUCUGUGUGAAUGGAUCCAUCUACUGGUUACACGUUGAUGUUUACGUUGAAAAGCAUUAUAAAAUACUUGCACUGGAUCUUCAUAAACAAGAGUUCAAGAAAUUUCCAGUUCCGCCUACACGAGCUACGAAGGAAUCGCGGUUAGUGAACCUUGAGGAACGUCUAGCGUUUGUCAAAACAAAUGUUUUGCCUAUAUGGAGGGUAGAGAUAUGGAGCACGGAUACAUAUCAAAAACGAUGGAGCAAGACUUUUUCCAUACACUUAAAACUUGAUGUUGUUUCAUGGCCAAAGCGGAGAAGGUGGUUCACGCCAGUGGCGGUUUCUAAGCAAGGGAAUCUUGUCUUCUAUGACAAUCAGAACAAGCUGUUUAAGUAUUAUCCAAGGACAAAUGAGACUCGGUGUCUCUCACUGGACACUUGUGUUAUAUCUCCAUACGUGGAGAAUUUGGUAUCACUUCCUUUAAAACCGAGUCAUCCGUAUCCUCAUGUAAGUGUGGAAACAAGGAUGUCCAGAUGCCGCUUGUUUUCCAGGGAGUCGAGUUCUUGGAUAUUCAAAGCUUUGCAACGUAAUGAAUUUAGGAUCCUAGAAAUUUUGUUCACGUCUCUAGUAGUAGCUGGUUAUAUAUGCUCACCUCGAAAGUAGGAUUCACUUGUUUGUGUCCAACGACUAUUAUUAUUUUGAUAUUUAUUUUGCUAGCUUGUUUCUCUUCUCUGUUUUUUUUUUUGGUAAAAGUUUCUCCUCUCUUUUGAGUAACAAUUAAAUCAAUAUAAGUGUUCAAAAAAAAGAAGAAGUGAAUUUAUAUUCUCUCUUCCCUUCUAUGCAAGCGCAUACGAUUCAAAUUUUCUACUUGUUUACGGAUAUUGAUUAAGAGUAGUGCCUUAUAUUAUACCAACUAUGGUAAUUAGCACAAGAGAAUGUUCACUUUGUUUCUGAAUACAAGUUCCAUUAUCUUGCUCUUUUCACAUUGUUUCUUCAAAGGUUGUUUCCUACAGGCUACAACUUUGGAUGCUAUAAUAUAUGGUUAAUGAUGUAUUCAUUUUGUUGAUGCGAUGACAUUCUACGCUCAAUGUUUUGAACCUUACCCGACCAUUUCAUUAAUUGUCUCGGGUUCACUUUUAUUUACAUGUCAAAACAGAUUAUACACAUGAGCAUACAUGUCUCAGUUUCUUUCUUUCU